AGGUACAGAAGAAGAUAUAGUGCAACGCUUCUCGAAUGAUGAGGAGCAAACAGAGGUGGUGGGAUAGCGUUUAUUGCGAUAAUCUACAACCUACAGGAUGACGUUCACGUUGUCGCUGGUGCUGGUGCCGCUGUUAUUUGCGGCGGUACACAGUGGAGAGCCCGUCUUCGACCCUAGUACGUUGAUGCGGCUCGUGCAGGUGCCGGCUGAUGCUGCCGUGGGCUCCGUCAUCUAUCGCGUGCGUGCUUCCGACCCGGACUUUGAUUAUCCUCUUCACUUUGAGCUCAUAGGUCAAAUGGGCCGUCUAGACAUCGGCAUAGAGAGUCUGCCGUGUACACGAUACAAUUCAGUGUGCCAGGCCAAUGUGAUUCUUCUAAGACGACUGGAACCAGGUCGCUACGUAGAUUUUCGCCUGUCAGCGCGAAACACUAGGGGCAGAAGUGCAAGAAUCGCCUGCUCUAUUACCGGAACAAAUGCGACCACACCAAGGGACACCAUUUUUCCUCAUCAGCCUAGUAUCAUUUUAGUACCUGAGGAUGCAAAACGCGGCACGGACCUUGAGAUAGUGAUUGCGAGAAAGAAUCCUGUGUCAUCGAAGCCUUUGGAACUGGAACUUUGGGGUUCACCAUUGUUCGCAAUCCGUCAGCGCCGUGUCUCCACAGAGAAUACCGAGGGAACGAUAUUCUUAGUCGGCCCUUUGGAUUUUGAGGCCCAGUCAAUGUACCAUUUGACUCUAUUAGCUGUGGACCCGUACGUGGAACUAGGCAAAGACACGCGAAACAUAGCGGGCUUAGAAGUGGUGGUCGUAGUUCAAGAUGUCCAAGAUAUGCCGCCAGUGUUCACGUCGGCACCACCGAUCACACACCUGCCAAGACAGGUGACGCCUGGCGAUGUUGUUGUUAAGGUCCGAGCUGAAGAUGGAGACAAGGGAGCGCCACGGCAGAUCAGAUACGGCCUCGUGUCAGAGGGCAACCCGUUCACGCCGUUCUUCAAUAUUAAUGAGACAUCAGGGGAAGUAACUCUCGAGAGACCUAUAGAAGAAAUAGCAGCCAUCUCCCAUGCUGGUACUCCAAUUCUUUUGACCGUUGUUGCUGAAGAGGUUCGCCUAUCCAGAGAGGAGCCCGAAGCAAUGUCGUCUACCGUUCAGCUGGCCUUCAUCUUACCAGAACGGGACAACUCUCCGCCAUAUUUUGAGAAUGAAUCCUACAUAACAUAUUUGGACGAGAACGCUCCACAAGGUACGGCGCUGACAUUCAGUGAUCCAUUUAUUCCUCAAGUCAAUGACAACGACGCGGGGAAGAAUGGAGUGUUCUCUCUAUCUCUAUUGGGGAACAAUGGAACAUUCGAGAUAUCACCAACAGUUGCUGAAAGACACGCUCAGUUCAUUAUCAAAGUACGAGAUAACACUAUGCUGGAUUUCGAAGCUAGAAAAUCAGUUAUAUUUCAGAUUUUGGCUCAAGAACGUGGUCCAGCAACAAACCUAUCAGCAACAGCAAACGUUACUGUCUACCUUAACGAUGUCAAUGAUAAUGCACCAGUUUUUCUAGCUUUAUCAUAUGAAGUGGAACUACCAGAGAACAUUACUGCCGGUGCUAGAGUGGUCCAAGUACAGGCAGACGACGUUGAUACUGGAGACUUCGGAAAAAUACAAUAUACUGCCAUACUAGGAUAUCAAAACACAUCGUUAAAUUUAGAUCCUAUAUCUGGCUGGAUCACAGUUGCAACCAAUAACCACGGUUUUGACCGGGAAGCAAUGCCAGACUUGCAUUUUUUAGUAGAGGCUAGAGAUAAUGAUGGGGUAGGUUUAAGAGUAACUGUGCCAUUAAUAAUUAAGCUAUUAGAUGUUAAUGAUAACCCACCAGAGUUUGAGAGGACGUUAUAUGAAUUUGUAUUGUCGCCGAAUCUGAGCAACUUCACGUCAUCGGCAUUCGUGAAGGCAGUUGAUAAAGACGCGGAACCACCAAAUAAUUUAGUUAGAUACGAAAUUAUUGAGGGAAAUAGAGAUGGAAAAUUUGCUAUUAAUGAAGGAACAGGUGAACUGUACCUUUUAGAGCCAUUAACGAGAACAAAGAAAGAUAACGCACGAAGACGAAAACGAGAUAAUGACGAAGACAGUGAGGUGUUUGUUCUAACAAUUAGAGCAUAUGACCUCGGUAUUCCAAGAUCAUCCUCCACAACUACAGUUAAAAUUUACCCUCCAGAGAGUAAAACAAGAACCAUGUCCUUCAUCAUUCCCGGAUCAAAUCCAGAUAGGAAGAAAUUAGAGGAAUUAUUAACUACUCUCUCAGGGGGUAAAGUCAAUAUAAUUGAAAUAAAACCGUACAAGGGCAAUGAUUACAGUACAUCUGAUCAAAGCGAUCAAUCUAGUCAAGAAAAGAGUGAAGUUAUUGCCGUAGUGCGAUCAUCUCAAAAUAGUGCUAUAAAUGUAGCGAAACUACAAGAACAACUUGCGAAAAAUAAAACGGUCUAUACAACUGGAGUGGUUCCAAAUGAUCAAACUUCAUCAAAUAAGGAUGAGUCUAGCUUAUACAGAGCAGAGAACAGAUUGUUGUUCUGGUUGUUAAUUUUACUAGCAGUUUUAGUGGCGCUGGUGCUACUGCUUUUAAUAUGCUGUUGUAUAUGUGAAGGAUGCCCUCUUUACAUGCCUCCCAGGAAAAGAGUGAUACGUGUCAACUCCACAGAAGACGACGUGCAUUUAGUGGUACGGGACAAGAGACUUGGGAGGGAAAACAAGUCGACGCAAAAAAUAGAAAAUAGAUCAAUAAGGUCAAGCGAGUGGAGGAGACGGGAAGCUUGGAGCGCAGAACAAACUGAUUUGAGAACAAAACCGACACAGUGGAAGUUUAAUAAAAGAAAUCAAAAGUCCAAAGAGAUGACGAAACCUUCAUCGACACCUGGCGACAUACAGCAUGAGUUUGUCCAUGCCGCCGAAGACAACGAUUAUAAAUAUGAUGAUACUAGACAUUCUUUAAGGAAUAGGGAUGGACCUAAAAUAAUUUACACCAAGGAAAUGCAGCUUCAACAAGCUUUCGCCAACAAACAUAAAGAAUACAUUGAAGAUCUUGAAAAUGGGUACGACCGGAUCGCAACACUCCAUCAUAGAAAAGAACAAGAUAAUGAUUCAAUACGCAGACAUGAAAUAGACCGAGGGUCUGAUAUUGGUAUCGCCGUCAAGUCUGAAGGUAUCAAAAAUAACGAUGAUAAAGAUGAAAAUAGAACCAAAAUGGAAUAUCAUGACAAAGUAAAUGCUCCAACUUCUCUUGCAAGAGACCAAUAUUUUAUACGAGAUGGUAAUACAGAAAUAUUAAGAUUAGUUACACGGGGGCACAAUGAAGAAGAACGUUACGUUAAUCUUCCUGUACAUCAACAACGUCCUGUGACUUUAAUACCACAAACGCAAUAUGUUGUUGUAGACAAUGGUAAAGAGUUAUUAAUGGAAAGAUUUAUCCGAGAACAAGGAGAAGAAGCUAAACAUAUAAGAGAACGUAUGAACUCCAAACUAGUGACAGACUUAGACGAUAUAUCUAUUGGGAAAGCUGGUCAAGGUAAUUCACAAAAUCAAUACGAUGGUAGUAAAUUACAUGACUACAACAACUUACAACCAGAGGUUCCGGGUAUAGUACCAUUAAAAGCUGAGUAUUUACAGUCAGCCUUAUUGGAUAUCCAAAAUAAAUCUACAAUUAAUCAAGAGUUAUUAGAGACAUCGUUGCGAAAGCAAAAUGAACUCUUGCACCAAAUACUUGUCGAACGCGAAAAAAUGCUUCAAAAUCAAGAGACUGCUUCUCAAGUAGAAAGUAAAUUAGAAACACAAAGCUUGCCUGGUCAUUCUGUAAUGGCUACUCAAACGGAAUGCCAUAUUGGAACCCAAACUGAGCCACAAUCAUUUAAUGACAUUAAAAGAAAAUCAAGAAGUGACAAUGAUUCAUAUAGUGAAGAUGAAUCUCAAAUCUCUACAAAGGAUGACAAUAGAAAACCGACAUGGUUGAAGAGAAAGAAAUCAAAGAAAAAAAUUAAAUAUAAAGAUCCACGAAGAAGUAUGCGGACAUACGACGUUAAAAGAAAAAUAAAAACUCCAAUUUUAGAAGAAAGCGAAGCAUCACCGUCAUUGGACAGUGAAAAACAUGUUAAGAUAAGUAAAACAAAUGAAAGGGAAGAGCACACAAGGCACUUUGGAGAUGUAACUAAAAGCACAGUUAUCACUUCAAAAAAUGAAACAAUGUGUUCCACAAAGAUAAAAUUAGGCGAUCUUGAUAAAAAAGAAAAAUUAAGAAAGGAAAUUCUGCUGGAAAUCUCAGAUUCUCUGGAUGAAAAAUUGAAUGUGCGUCAGAAAAACAAGUUCAGGGAAAGAGAUAUAUCUCCGAUCAAUAAAACCUCUGGAUCUUUAGCUCUGGAUCCCGGAAGCAGUAGAGGAAGUCAGAGUGUAAGUGGCAGCACUGGCAAAAGUCUUAAAAAUCCAUUGAAAACAGAUUCUUCUACAGAAACUCGUGACGACAACAAUUAUGGAAAAUUAACAAAGGACUUUGAAAUAAAAGAUGAAUCUUCUAGUUCAAAAAAAGACGAAACCAAAAGUUAUAAAAGUGAAGAAUCAAAACAAGGAACUGAUGCAAAAGCACCAUUAAAGAGUUUGCCAAGAUAUAUGCAAUGGUACAGCAAAAAACCAGCAGCAACAACCUCUAAGCCCACAGUAGAAAAAAUUGUUCCGGAUAAACCUAAACGGCCGUCGAAAACUAAAGCUGAGGUGGGGAAAAAUGAAGAAAAAUUCGGGCGUUACGGUAAAAUAAUGCCAAAAGAUCAAACGGUAACUGAGGUAAAAAAAAACUUCAAGGAAAAGGAAAGUGACUUUAUUCAUCCCCGCAUUUUAAAAGAAGGAAAGGUAACACCUGUUCCUGAGGGACCCUUACCUGAUGCUCAUCCGUUACUUCAACACUCGGAGCAUAGGUAUGAGCGCCAAUAUGAAAAUCAAAAUCCACUUUGUCACAUACAACCAACACAUAUUCCAAAGUACUUAAAGACAGAUUCAAAAGCUCCAGCUUUACCAAGAAGACAAUCAGUCGAGCAGCAACCGAUCUAUGUGAAUCAGGAUGAAGUAAGAAACAAGGAUAAACAAGAAGUUCCCGAAAGUGCACUAACACAUAGCAUUUCAAUAUCUACAAGCUAUGAUAAAGAUCGCAAGGGAUCGGAAGUUCACGUUUCAAAAAUAAAUAUAGGUGGCGAAACCUCAGUAAAUAAAAUUCAUACAAAAAUAGAUGACAAUGAUUCGGGUAUUGCUAUGACUACACUCGCUCAACAAACCGGUAAUAUUAAAAGGUUGCCCAUAACUGAGAAGAAAAGUGUUUUUACCAUCGCCUAUGACGAUGUACAAACUAAACAAUUAAGACCAGAUAGUAGUUCAACGUCCUAUUAAAUAUUAACCAUAAAUAUACAUAAUAUUUACUAUACCCAAUUUUUUCUAAGUAAAAUAUUCGUGAAGUGCCUUAUUAUUUUGUGGAGUGAACUGUGAACAUUCCGUCCUAAAGUAUUAUAUAAUUUAUAGAAAUGUAAAUAAACUCAUAGAUUAUACGGAAUUAAAUUAUGAUCAAACUGCCUUCAUUAAAUGACUGUUUAUAUUUAAGUUAAGAAUUUGUACUGUAAAUAUAAAAAUAAACCACAUACUAUUUAUAGCUUUAAAUUCAUUGUAAAUAAUAUUUUUAUCUAAUUGAUCCUACUGAUCGAAAUAAUCGGUACCUAUUUGUUACAAAAUAUAAAGUUAUUAAUAAUUAUAUUAUGAGUCCUAAA